UAGCGGAGUGAAGGUUGUGGGGCGCUAAGACAAGUACUGAGUAUAUUAUUUGUGUUGCUCAGCCAGCGGGGAAGAGCGCGAGGAAUCGAAGGUUCAAAAAACUGCAUAUAGACCGCUUCCAACUGCUGGGAGGAGUAAGCUGGUGGUGCAGCUCAAGCUUCAGGCUGUAACUGGUGCUGCCUAGGAAAGGAGAUGUCUGUACUGAGACCUCAAGAUAAAGAGGACCUUGAUGGAAACAAUAAAAACAAAAUUUUUGGGCCAAGUUGUAAAAGGCACAAAAGAUUAUCUGUGUACAACAACAGCAUCAAUGGCACGCAGCUGUCACAAGAACAGAGAUCCCAGGAUGAAGAGGAUCUUGAAGCCACUACCCAAAAUUUCACUACAAGUCUGAAAUGCCUGAAAAAUGUUGACCACUACAACAGCAAAAGCAGUGAACAGCUACAAGAACAGGAAGAUUCUGCUGCUGGAAUUUUACAAUGGGUAACAGUCAAGAACUUUAUGUGUCAUGACCAUUUGAACUUCACAUUUUCUCCAAAUAUCAACUUUGUGCAAGGAAGAAAUGGUAGUGGCAAGAGUGCAAUUGCAAGUGCAGUUGUAGUUGGUCUUGGUGGCACUGCUCGUGACACGAAUCGAGGAAAAAAUACUCAAGGUCUUGUGAAAUAUGGAAAGCAGACGGCAACAAUUGAGAUUGCUCUAAAAAACACUGGGAAAGAGGCAUUCAAGCAUGAACUGUAUGGUGACACAAUUAUUGUAGAGCGCAAGAUACAAAUUAAGGGUGGAGGAGGAUACAAGAUUAAAGCAAAAAAUGGUUCAGUUGUUUCAGUGAAGAAGGACGAGGUUCAAAGAAUGUUGGACCACUUCAAUAUACAAGUUGACAACCCAAUUACAAUUCUCAAUCAGGAUAUGUCUCGAGAUUUCCUGAACACAGCGGACUCAAAAGGCUUGUACAAGUUUUUCCUUAAGGCUACACAACUGCAGCAAAUGAAAGAUGAUUACAAUCAUUUGCAAAAGGCACUCAAGAUCUCUUCUGAUAUUAUUCAGAACCGGAAAGAGCAUUUACCAUUGCUUAAGAAGGAAGUUGAUGAGCAGCGGACCCAGUAUGAAUUUUCUGUGAGCCUUAAUGAUAAGAGGAAGAAGUUACAUGAAUUACGCAAAGAAUUAGUGUGGGCAAUGAUUAUUCAAGCAGAAAAGGAAGAAGUAGCUUCCCAUAAAGAACUUGAAAGGCAUGAAAGCUCAGUGAAAGCAGUUCAAGAUAAAAUCAGCUCUUAUGCAACUAAGAGUGAAGAGGAGCAGAAUUUAUAUAGAAAGAUCCAAGAAGAACUUAACAAUAUAUCCAGCAAGAUAAAGGGUCUUUCAUCAAAGGUGAAAAAGGCUAGGGAAGAUAUGGUCGAUGCUAAAAUGAAGCACAAGGACAAGCAGAUGCAAUUUAAUACUGCUGAGCGCAAAAUUCAAAAUAUUCAGAAAGAAAUAUCUGUCCUGAAAGAAGCAGUUGAGAGAGAUUAUAAUGAUGCAUGGACUAUAUAUAAUGCAGAGCUGCCACUAUGGGAGGAGAAGAUGAAAGCUGUUGAAAAUGAAUUAGAUGUCUUGGAGCAUAGUAAAAAUACAGAAGAAACUCAUUUUGUCAACAUUCAGAACACUCUCAACUUAAAAGAAAAUUGUCUGGAAACCAUUCAUCAGGAACAGAUAGCCAUCAAACUACGUUGUCAAGCACUAGAGAAAGAACUUAGAGGUUUAAAAAGCAACAAGUCAACUGUUUAUGGCCAGUGGGUGCCACAGCUUCUGGCUGCUGUUGAUAGUGCACACAGCAAAGGGGCAUUUAGUAAAAAGCCAGUUGGACCACUUGGUGAAUAUAUAAAACUUGGCAAUGAGAAGUGGGGACACGUAGCAGAGAAGGUGCUGGGAAAUUUGAUCACCAGCUUUCGUGUGGAUAACCACAAGGAUGAGAUGGUCUUGAAGACAAUAAUGAGCAAAAUCUUCAGAAAUAGAGAGCUUCGACCUCCUAUAAUAGUGUCAAAGUUUAGGGAUCAGGUACACAAUGUGUCGUAUGAAGUACGGUCGGAUAAGUACCCUUCUUUAUGGUCCAUUCUGAUCGUCGAGGAUACUGUUGUAGCCAAUACUCUGCUUGAUGAGAUGAAAGUGGAGUCCAUCCUGCUGAUUCCUACUGCAAAAGAGGCAGGGCAUAUUUUGAAAGAUAAAGCAGCGAAAAGUUGAGCUUGGCUGAGGGUAGAAUGAACAAACAGAUACAUGCCAUGGACAUUUAUAAAAAAAAAGAGAAAGAGCUUCAGAAAGUUAAAAAAGAAGCUGAAAUGAAGCUUAAAGCAGCAAGUGAAAAGCUUGAAAGACAGUUGGAACGAGCCAGUGACUUUCAACCUCGGAUGGACACAGUCAGGAGCGUAGAAGAAAUACAACGGCAAUAUAGUGGUCUUGAAGCGAGACUAAACAAAGAAAGGGCACAAGCUGGUGACCCGUUAAAAAUAGCAGAAAGAUACAAAGCCACCAAAGAAAGAUACAGUGCAGUGUCUUCAGAAAUAGAAUCCCACAACAAUUUAAUAAAGAAGAUUAAAGAGAGUGUGUCUGUGAGAUUGGGUCAAUUUAAAUACUUCCGAAAAUUGCUGUCAAUAAUGAUCAAAUCUACUUUCAAGUCUUCUCUCGUUGUUCGCAAGCUCAAUGUAAGUAUUACCACUUCCAUCAUCAUUCAGCCUAGCCUCACACUAUCUGGAAAUAAGAAAGUGCCAAAACAGUCAUUAGCAAUGAUGUCAGGAGGAGAGCGUUCUUUUUCAACAGUGGCUUUCAUUAUUGCAUUAUGGGAAGUCAUGGAAUCUCCUGUAAGAAUCCUGGAUGAAUUUGAUGUUUUUAUGGACAUAGUUGCCAGACAGCAGAGUAUGACCAUGAUGAUAGAUGCAUCCAAAUCCAGGACUCAGUAUAUCUACUUAACUCCAUUGGAUAUAAACUUGAGUUUUAACAAGAAAAAAAAUCCUAGCAUUUACAGGAUGCCAGACCCUGAGAGAAAUGCUGCAGAUAGAAAUUAAAACAAGAAAUUUAGAACAAGAUAUCAAAGAUACACAUGUUAGAAUAAACAAAAUUACAAAGUUGGACGGUUAAGAGAUUAUUUUUUUUACAAGUUUUUAUGAAUGAAGAAAAUUUAAUUAAAAAUAAAAAAAACUUACUGUAUUUUUAUAUUUCACAUUUAACUAAGAUAUAAUCAAGGUCUUGUGGUGUUUGGUUGUUCUUGUUGCAUUGAAACAGUAUUGAAUGGAGAAGCACUGUAGUUAUUUGCAUAUUGUGUGUGCAAAUGGUGACGUAAGAAAUUUGCAUUUUUUUGCAUGCCUUCAAGCUUUUUAAUUUCUAAAGAAAUCUUAAUAUUAUCAUUAUGAGAAGUAAUGAACCAGUAGGGGUUAUACCAUGCCUGAAGAAUGGGAAGUAAUCAGUUUUUAAUUGAGAAAGGAUAAAGUAACUAAUUUUUUUAAUUCAGUGACCUUUGUAUACAUUAUUUUUAAUAUCUUGUCUUAAGAUAUUUGUCAUUUAAGUUAGUUAUUUAAAUAUUUGAUAAUAUAGUUUCUGAUAAAUAUCAGGUUAUAGUUUGUUGUAAAUACUUCAACCUUGUAAACCAUUAAGAGAAUUUCACUUGAGUUGUCCACUGUAAUGAGAUAAACACUACAUGUAAUGAUGCACUGUGCUGUUCAGGUUAUAAAUUUUAUACAUGCUUCCUUGAUUUCUCUCACAAAUUUCAUUUCUAGAAAUUCUGUAUAUAUGAGUGUCAGUAUUAGUGAAGUUAUAGGAAUAUUUGAGCUAUGGCCUCUGAAAGGCAGUGAAUCUGAAAUGAAACUUAUUACAUGAAAAGAAUUUACUGGUGUACACAAAUUUUUAAAUUGUGUGAAUCUCUUGUAAUAAUGGGGAAAGCACUACACCUAUAGGAGUCGUACAGCACAUGGGAAAUGGGAGGCAAUCAGGGUCAAUGCAAGGAAGAGACAGGUCCACUUCCUCUGUGCCUGUGUAAAUCAAGCUUUUAUUGUCGUAAUAGGAGCUUGUUGUGUACCUGUCUUUUCUUCACUACUGUCGGCAGUACACUUUUUUAUAUGGUUAAUUGUUGUAAGGUUAGCAUGGGUGCCACUAUGUCUACAAUUCAGGUUUUUACAGACGACUCUCACCAUGGUUGCAAACCCCACUUGAUUUCAGUUUUCAAUCAUGUAAUUGUGAUUUCACAAGUUUAUUUCCAACUCUCCCUCUGUUGUCCACUCCAUUCUUGCUACUUUAUAACCCUGCACUAUCCCCUGCCCCACUGCACUGUAUGACCCUUGUAGGAUUAGUACUAUUUUGGUUAUAAUAAAAAUUAUGAAAUUUAUUUUCUAUCAUAACAUAAAUGAAUAUCUGAUGCAUUGGACUUGAUGCAUUGAUUGGGACUUCUACUAAACACCCUUGGGGCUGUACUGGAUACCUAUAGUUAUGUAUAUGCAUGGUAUACAAUAGCGACAAGAUGAAGAAUUAAGACAUGAAACGUCUGGGUAUCUUUAUUGUAGAUGUUUUGCCAUCCAGUGGCUUUAUCAAGACAAAUAAAGACAUAAUUGGAAGACAGUAGACCUGUAUACAAAAGAUGAGGUAAUCAGUCCUUCAGCCUUGGAGUUGAAGAGUACUGUAGUAGUGAAGAGUCUGAAGACAAGGCACGAAGACUGGCGCUUAUAUACCAAUAAUAGUCUUUGUCUGCUACACAUCCCUCACCUGACACCGGUAUGCAUGUGCUAGUCUUCACGCCUUUUCUUCAGGCUUUUUGCAACUACAGUACUCUUCAACUCCAAGGCUGAGGGACUGAUUACCUCAUCUUUUGUAUAGUUCUACCGUCUUCCAAUUAUGUCCUUAAAUUUGUAUUGAUAAAACCACUGGAUGGCAAAAUGUCUAAAAUAAAGAUACCCAGAUGUUGCACAUGUCUAAUUUUUCACAAACUGUAGCACCCUUAAUGGACAAUACUGCCUGCAGUGGGCUUCAUUCAUUGUAAUGGGUCUUGGGCCACUUAUUUUGUCCAUUGUAUCUGAUACCCAUUACAUUAGAGUGCAUUAUGUUGAGGCUGUAUUGUGCUUAAGCCCAUCUGAAUACGUUAGCAUCACUGUGUCCAUCAUGGAUAGAUUGUGAUCAGCAAGAACAUUGUUGAUUAGGGUGUCAGUUAUUGCAUUGUGCAGCUCUCAGGAAAUAUGUGGACAUUUAUUACCUCAUUAUUAAGUUCAGUUUUAUGAAAGGCUAUACAGUAAAUCCAUAGCAUUCUUUCCCUAUGUAUUUUGUCAUUAACCCCUAAAUGGUCCAAACGUAUAUGUACGUCCUCUUUCCCAGUGCCCCGAAUAUUUUGAAAAAUAAUUUUUUUUCUCUCUCUCAUUGAAAUAGAGAAAAUUUUUCAGUGUUAUAGAAUUAAAAAAAAAAAAUAGGGUCAGUACUUACUGAGAUAUGAGGCUGCAAAGUUGGCACUUAAUGCUCACCUGAUGGCAACAUCGAGUCCUGCUGCUUGUAGAAGUGUUGCCAAUAUGCCAUUUUUUCUCAUUUUUAUAUUUUAUAUGAUUUUUAUGUUCUGAUAAUUACAAUUUAUUGUAGUUCUUUUCAUUUCAUAACCAAUCUUUCUUCUGACACUAAUAUUAGGUACUAAAAUUAUCACAAGCACAUUGACAGGUGGACAUUUACACCUGCCUUGGUCAUUUACUAUUGUCUAGGAAUAUAUACGAAGUGUUUAUAGGUCCCAGCAAUGUUUCAGAUAUAGAAGAAGUUCCCUUGAAGCAAUGCUAAGACCUGUGUCGGUGACAAGCAUCCAGGAGGGCAGAAAUAAGGGAUGACGUUUGACGGGCACCAGCAAGGGUGCAGAGAUAAAGGUUAACAUUUGAUGAGCUGGUAUCUCUGUAUGCUUGUCUCUUUCUGUCUCUCUCUGUCUCGGAGAGAGCCACUGUGAACCAACAGGUACUCUUAUGCAUUAUAUCUACAAGCACAGUAUAGCACUUUGGAGUUUUUUAGGUUAUCCUAGGUUCUGUACACUAUGUAUAAUUGUAUUUGUGUGUACCUGUAAGACAGAUAAAAAUAGAUAGAUAGACCGACAGACCCUAAACUUGGAGUUAACAUCACUUUCCUCUUAAAAGGGGAGUGUUAGUAUGACAUUACAUCAGUGAAUCCUUGGUGUUAGCCGCACUUUGCUCUAGUUGGCGCCCAAUUUAACUGGCGCUCCCACAAGGUACUAAGUGGUCCCAGAUUUUUUUAAUAUGGUGCACACCAAGUGUUAAGACCCAUUCUAUGCUGACCAGGCAUCUCAGGUCAAUCAUGCUAAAUUUGGAGGCAGGAAAAGUAUAAACAUAUAUGUUUGGGGCUCUAGCUGUAAGAACGUAUACAUAUAUAUACAUUUGGACCGUUUAGGGCUUAAUUAUAUAUACCUUGUAUACUCUUCCUUAGACUACAUUCUUAUUACCCAAAAAUUCUAGUAAUAUUUCUCUUAACCCUUUCACUGUCAGUCCCAUAAUAUUACGGCUUGCAAGCCAGUGUCGGUCCUGUAAUACUACACCAAAAUUCUAGCACCUUCAGAUCUGAUGGGAGAAAGCUGAUAGGCCUACAUGCGAGAGAGUGGGUCUCUGCGCUCACUGUGCGCAGUAUAAAAAAAAAUCAAGGAGGCCGCAAUGCAUUGUGGGAGUGCCAUUUCAGUAUGCCUUGUUCACCAUGCCUAGUGGUAAGGAAUACCUUACUCCCCGGUGAAUUGGGACUCUUCCCUUCCCAAGUGAUACUUAUAACAUAGAUGGAAGUGUCAGUGAAGAUGAAUUUUACGGUUUUGAGGAGUUUGUGACGAAAGCAAUGCCCAAGAUACCAGAAAUAGUGCUGAAAACCCAGACGACCGUCAACCUUCCACCUCUGGUGCUGAGCUGUCUCAUUCAUGUUCAGUUGUACCACAGCGAGAGGGGAAACUCAUAUUUUCCCAUGUCUCAAAGAAUAAGUAAGUUUAUUUAGGUAUUCACAAAUGCAGUUACAUAGAUUAUUAUACAUAGCAGCAUGUGUAGAGAACCUAGGAUAGCCCAAAAUAGUCAGUGACUUGUUUCCAUGUGGGUGGUGGGGAAGACUGUAUGGGUAAUGUUACAAUUAGGAUGGAUAAUAUACAUGCGGCAGCAGGUCAUGGUGUAAUGCUUCAUGUAGCACCAGCAGCACCCCAAGCUGGUAGCUAAGCUGCUGAUUCAGCACAUGCACAACAAAGGCCACCUUCAACCACCCACACACCACAACAAAGACCAGUUUUAACCACCCAUGCACCACAACAACUUGCACAACCAUAACAACCCACCCACAAAAAUGCAGAGACACUCGUUUUAUAAGUGAGGAGUGUAAAACAGCACUGUGCAUAACAUUUCAAAAAGUCCCACAAGCUGCAGCACUUAUAGGAACGUGUCCAGUGACUGGGUAUAUAUAUAGAACAAUAGUAAUAAACAACUUUUUUAACUUUUGUAAACAACAUAAUGAUAAUAUAUGUAUGAUUAUUGUGUUGCAUACAAUCAUACAAUAUGCAUUAUGUUGGUCUCACAGGCCACAAAAGUUACUUUAAAAAAUAAAAUAUUAGAAAAGAAAAAAAUUGAAUAAAAGUAAAAAUAUUAUUACCGAAUGAGCGGCAGUCGCCGAUGUUGCUGUCAGCAGUUCACUUUGUCAACUUCAUGCCUUUGUAUCUCGGUAACUACUGGUCGCAAUUUUUUGUUUAUCUUUAAUAACAUUUUUUUUUUUUUUUUUAGCGGUGCUCUCACCAGUGAAAGGGUUAAUGGCAUAGUACUGAUAUUUAUUCAGAUUUUUCUGUAAAGCUCAUAUUUUUUAGAACAAAUGUGAAGUCCGUUGAAUAAAUUCUCAAAGUUGAUUAAUGUAUACAGUUACCAUUUUCUUUUCCAUAACCUAUUUUAUUUAAUCACAUGUAUUUUUUGUAUUGUAACAUACUGCCUAUUAAUGAUCCAUUUCUCGAAUGUCUUCCUUCGUUUUUUGUUGCAUGUUGCACUAACCAAAAAAGAGCUUACACCUCGUGCACCAAAUGGUCACAUUCUACAAAUAAAUUUGGUGAAAAAAAAAAAACAUUCAAAAUUCUGUUAUACUCCCAAUGCAGUUAAGUCAGAAUCAGGAAAAAUACUCAUUUCUUUUAUUAUUUUAUACAGAAUUUAAAGGCAUACCUAUCACCAAAUUGCUAUUUACCAAAAAUAAGUGCAUUUGAUAAUAAAAUUAAAUAAUUC